AUGGAGCAAGCCAGCAAGAGCCCCAAGCUGGGCGUAGUUUCCGGCGUCUACAUCCCCGUCUGUCUCAACAUUUUCAGCAUCCUGAUGUUUCUGAGAUUUGGAUGGAUCCUUGGCCAAGUAGGGCUUUUGGGCAUGCUUGGAUUGCUGGUCACCGCCUAUCUGGUGGACUUUCUGACAACACUGUCCCUCUCUGCGAUAGCUUCAAAUGGCGAGGUGAAGGGUGGAGGUGCCUACUACGUGAUCUCGAGGUCUCUUGGUCCCGAGUUCGGCGGUUCCAUUGGCGUGUUGUUCUAUCUUGCCCAAGUCUUCAACACCGCCCUCAAUGUCGUUGGUCUAAUUGACUGCAUCAAAUUGAACGCGGGAGAUUUGUUCCCCCAAGGUUUCUGGGCAACAUACUUGCUCCAGACACUGGCACUUCUGCUGUGUGCUGCGCUUGGCCUGGCUGGAAGUGGCAUUUUUGCCAAGGCCAGCAAUGCACUUCUAGUCAUUCUGUCUCUUGCCAUCAUAAGCAUCCCGAUAUCUGCCAUGUUCAAGGCUCCUUUCCGAGAUGACGAUCUGGGAGUUCGGUUCACUGGGUUCAGCCUCGAGACAUUGGUGGACAAUUUUGCCCCUCACACAAAGAGCGACUCCUAUAAUGGCCUCGAGACGUUUCGGGAGCUCUUUGCCAUUCUGUUCCCAGCGACUUCCGGGAUCUUUGCGGGAGCUUCAAUGUCUGGAGAUCUGCAAAAUCCCAGCAAAGAUAUCCCCAAAGGAACACUUUGGGCAAUGAUGACUACGUUCAUUGCGUAUUUGGUCGUAGUUUUUUCCAUGGCUGCCACCACGACGCAUAACUCGUUUCUCAACAACACCAACAUCAUCUCCGUUACCAGCCUGUCGAUGCCCUUGAUUCUUGCAGGAGAGUGCGCCGUCACCUUCUUCUCCGCUGUCAUGGGACUUGUAGGUGCGGCGAAGCUGAUGCAGGCUUUGGCGAGGGAUAAGCUGUUACCGGGUUUAAUACCGUUUAGCCAAGGGACGAAGAAGGCCGAUGAACCGGUCUACGCGAUUCUCUUGACGUACGGUCUUGCUCAGGUUUCCAUGCUCGCCAACCUCAACCAGAUUGCGACUCUUAUUUCUAUGGGUUAUCAGAUGACCUUUCUCGUCAUGAAUCUAGCUUGCUUCUUGCUCCGCAUUGGAUCAGCACCUAACUUCAGGCCCGCCUUCAAGUUCUUCAGCUGGCAGGCAGCGUUUGCUGGUACUAUAAUGUCUGCGGCAGCCAUGUUCUUCAUCGACCAGACUUACGCUGCCACUGCCAUAUGUCUUCUUGUUUUCCUCUUCUCGCUGAUCCACUACCUCAGUCCACCGAAGAGAUGGGGAGACGUAUCGCAAAACCUGAUUUAUCACCAGGUCAGGAAGUAUCUUCUACGCCUACGACCGGAGCAUAUCAAAUUUUGGCGUCCGCAAAUUAUCCUGCUCAUCAACAACCCCAGAAGUCAAACCAGGCUCAUACAGUUCUGCAACUCUUUGAAGAAAGGGGGGUUGUAUAUCCUUGGUCACGUCAUUGUCACAGAUGACUUCAGCAGUGGCGUCCACGAAGCAAGACUACAGCAGGCAGCGUGGACGAAGUACAUCUCGGAGUUCUCGCGGAUCAAGGCGUUCGUACAGUUGACCAUGUCUCCGACGCUCAAUUGGGGCAUCCGAAACUUGAUCUUGUCAGCCGGGCUAGGAGGCAUGCGUCCUAACAUUGCAGUCAUGGGUUUUUACAACAUGGAUGAACUCAGAAGCUCCCGUCCGUCGGUAGCAGUGCCGAAAGCACCGAGCUCGACCGUCGAGGAUACACGACCAAGACCACGACCCGCAGAGAGGCCAGUACGAAGGAGACGUGGGGAUACCUCGGCGCGACUAUUAGAGGGUCAUCUUCCGACGGACGUGAUCAAAACCGAAUCCAUGCUGAGUGUUAACAGCUACAUGACAAUGCUGGAAGACCUUGCCUUGAGAUAUAAGCUCAAUGUCGCUAUCGGAAAGGGUUUCGAAAGGCUAGAGACACCGCGCAAGGACAAGGGCAAUACGAAGAGAUAUCUUGAUCUCUGGCCUAUUCAAAUGUCCGCAGAGGUUGUGUCGGACGGAAAAAGCGUUUUGACCACCAACUUUGAUACAUACACCUUGAUCCUCCAACUCGGCUAUAUCCUUCACAGCGUGCCUACUUGGAACAAAGUGUAUGAUGUGCGCAUCAUGGUAUUUGUCGAAUAUGAGAGCGAAGUGGAAGAAGAGAGAGCACGAGUCAAGGCUCUCCUGGAGAAGCUGAGAAUCGAGGCUGAGGUCAAGGUAUUCUGGCUGGCAUCUGGUCAGCUGAACACCUACGAACUCAUCAUCAAUGGCCAAUCUAGCGACCUUGAGUCUCAGAUUCUAGUUCACGACGUCCUCAGGGAUGAGGAAUGGUGGGACGAUUUGCAGAGGCUGCGAGGACGUGCCCCGAAUUUCGACUCGACCGACGAACUAACAUCUUUCGCGAAUAUCAUCGAGUCGACAGCAGGGCGUCCUGGCGUGUUCAAUCCGCAUAUUCCACUAGAGGACAUCGAAAGUGGGCGUCGGCCUAGUAUGGUACAUUUCGGCGAAAUACCGAAAAGACCUACGGUAGCGAAGCUUUCCCGGCUUGGCGUCAGCGUUGGAAUUCACACGUCUCACCUGGGAGAUGAGGUCUUUGAGGAUGAUUCCAACUCGGACGGCGAGCUCAGCGAGCAGGAACAGCAGCCCUCUUGCUUGGACUCUGACUCUGAGUUCGAACGCGGAGGGAGCGAGUACAGUGAAGAUGAGGCAGAUGAUAUGGAGACGCCAACGAGACCCUUACUGCUUGGCAAGGGGCGUGGACGAAGCCAGAGCGAUGACCUCCUCACCACUCCAUCCAAACAUAGGCGAGGUAACAGCAAGUCCAGCAAAAGUGCCGUACCGAGCUCGACCUAUGGCACCAUGGUUGCACAAGCUCGGGUCGAAGGUCAAUCAGGUCCAAGCCACACGGCCGGUGACAACGUGUCGGCCCCUCCAACUCCGCUUGAACGACCCGGUUUGGAUCGCAACGUGACUGCUCGAUCGCUGGGUGGAUUCCGGGUGUCAAGCGGCAAUCCGUACCCCGAAUUGCCGCCGGUGAGCGUUUCUGGUACGGCGACCCCGGCCAGACCAACACUGUCCAGGCAAUCCUCCGCUGUGCGAUUCUCGAGCCGACCGGUGCCCGAGACGCGAGUGGAUGUUGAGGGUACAUCCGGGCCAACGAUUAUGUUUGCGGACACAACGGAAGAAGAGACGCCGCGAGCGGAAAGGCCCGCAUUUUCGAGGCAAUCCUCCACGGGCCGGUUUUCCAGCCGCCCUGUGCCUGAAAUGAGGGUGACGACGGCUGAAGAGUUUGAUCCUCCUACUGCGUUUGCGGAACCGAGAUCUCGCAAAGAUUCCGCCGCAUCCUCCGAGCAUGGAGACGCCCAUAUGAACAUGGCGGAGCUCGUGGAGCGCUACAGGUUAGACUCCAGGCUAGAAGGCGAAGGCGACGGCUCGCCGUACUCCACACAAGGCAUCGCGCUUUCGUUCAAUGACCUGCCAUCCCGAGCACAGCAUGUCAUCCUCAACGAGCUUAUGCGGCAGAACAGCAGGGAUACAGCUGUGUUACUCUCGACGCUACCCGUGCCCACCGAGGGAACCUGCCAGGAUGAGGUCGCGAGCGUGCAGUACCUCUCGGAUGUCGAGGUACUGUGCCACGAGCUCCCUCCGGUCCUCCUGGUCCUGAGUAAUAAUAUGACUGUUACAGUUGGGCUAUAG